AUGAUUCAGACUAAACAGCAGCCAUCUAAAACACAAUAUUUACCAGAAAUCUCUCAACGACCAACACCACAAAUUAUACAUAAAGGGGAUUCUCAAACAGUAAGUGAAAUUAAAUCUUCUGAUUUUAUUGGCCAGUCGACCGACUCCUCAACUCUUGCUCCCGCAGUCAACACUGGGUUUAAACCAGAUUCAAUUGUUAUUGAAAGCGGUUUUAAACCAAUUAUAAGGGAACCAUUAAUGGCUAGUGAAGAUAAAAUAGCUGAUUUUGAAGCAGAUAACGCGAACAGAAGAGAAGAUACCGAUGUUAUCGAAGACUAUGAAGAUUCACCACAACAUAUAUCGAAUCAUGCCUAUCCAGUCCAAAUACCAAGCGACAAAAUAACUGAGAGCUUCGAGCCUAUGUUUAUACCUUCCCCACCAGACCAUCUACUUCCUACUAACGAUCGAACUAAAGAAGUAUUCCCAAAAAAUCAUGCGAAAGAAGACAGACCACACCCUGUAUACGUGAAGUCUGAAAGUGAAUUAAAUUCACUAUUUGGUAAAAAGAACAUGGAUAAAAGUUUUUCUUCAGAUUUGAUCAUGGAGUCAGAUAGAGUAAGUCCACAAUAUUUACCUCCCGACCCAAAACUACCGAAAGAACAUUCACAAAGGUUGUCUGCGGAUCAAACUUUUACAACAUAUGAUGGAAAAACCAUAUCUGCGGCAACUUUAACGAGUUUGCCUGAUAUAAAUAAAGUAAAUUCUAAACUAUUUUCUUCUAAACUUCCCGCCAACACAGAACUUCUUUUAAAGAUGCCUCAAUUCGGACCAUUUAAAGGCGAAAUUCCACCACCCGUUGAUGAACACUUUAAAAAGGAUUCGAUCGAAAUGUCGCAUCUUCCUCUAGCUCAAUUAAAAUUAGUGAGCUCCCUUGUACCUAAGCGUAGUGUCACAAAGUUGGAUAAUGUUGAAGUUGAAGGCACUGAAAACCGUGAAACUAAAGAAAACAUUGAGACUGAAGAUGCAAGUAUAGAAGAAGAAGAAUUUGAUGGUGAGGAUCAUGAAACUGAUGAACAGCUGAGAACAAAACGAGAUGUAAAAAUGGUACAAUUUGAAAAAGAUAGGGAAAGAGCCGAUCCCUUUGAGAAUUUUAAAGAAGAGAAUGAUAAAGAGUACAUGAAAAAUUCCGUUGUGUUUGAAGCGGUAGCUGCCGCAAACAGAUCUGUACAUAUACAUUGGACGACGAGCUUAAGUUUUUUAAUCUUGUGUCUGAAGUUGUCG